AUGCGUUCUAUGCCGCGUUCAUCAAUUCCAGUUUUGGGCAAGAAACGUGUACGAGGACCGACCCGAGGAAAGAAUGUUGAGAAGAUUAGAAAGGAACGUGGUGAUCGAAUACCCGUUACACUUAACCGUUUGACCAAAGCAAUAGAAGGGGAAUACGCCACACCGCUAGCAGCUGCUCUUGGUCAACAAAUUCGAGUUCAUGCCCCAGUUCGAAAUGAUGGAUGGCUAGAAAUUGCCUUUGGGUUAAGAGAGUCCAUUGUUACAAGAGUUGGGCAAACUUUUGACUUUGGGGACUACAAUAAUGAUGUGGAUGUGAGAUGUAUUAUUGAUCAUAAGUGCCAAACUUUGUACAGUGAAUGGAAAAGUAGAUUACACACACACUACAAAGCCCUUAAAGAAAACAAUGUAUCUCACCUCAAAAGUCAUAUACUAUAUCCUUGUACAAAGGAUGAUUGGGAAUGGAUGAUUGACAAUUUGUGGGAAACUGAUGAUUGGAAGGUAAAGUCAGAGAAUGCGAUGAAAGCGAGAGGUUGUGUGAAGUAUAAUCAUACGAGUGGCUCGAGAUCAUUUGCAUCGCGAGCAUCUAUCAUUGUACAAGGAAGCAAACCGAAUAUUACGAAACUAUUCGAGGACACCCACAAACGUCACCGACAUGGGGGAGUGUGGAUAAAUAACACAGUUGAGGAACAUCAUGACCUGAAACUGCAGGUGUUCCCUUUACCAAGGCUGAAAGCAAUUUUGGUUUUGUCGGUCUUCUUGAAGGGAUACGGGAUCCGCAAGGACAGUACUUCAUCUUCUACACAUUUUGAGGCUCUUAACUCCGAGGUGAUUGUUCUUCAACAGCAGUUAGUUGACCAGCGACAACAAUUAGUUGACCAAGGAAAGCAGUUGGUGAUGGAUGUAAUAUUAUCGCCAGAUGCAGAUCCACCAGUUGUCAGAAUAAUGGAUUACAAGUACGACAUCCACUCACAAACAUUCUUCUGCUUUCUUUUUUUAAUGGUGGACGCACUUUGA